UUGUAUUCUUAUCUUAAUUUUUGAUAAGAAAAAUUUCCCAUGUUCUAAUCCUAAACCCACUCCAAUUAAUUUUAAAUCUCCCCACAGCUCCAUUGAAAGAAUAAUAAAAGAAAGGCGCGAUUAACAAAUUGGAGUUGCUCAAACUCAGCUCACCGGGAAACACGCCGGAGUUGUUCGUCAACACCGCGGCUCCUCGAUUCCGAUCUAAGACGGCGUGGUUAAUAUAAUAGAGUUAUUCUAACUCAGAUUCGCGGCAUCGCUCAUCCACCAACACUCCUUCAGUGAUGAAAUCGACUCUCCCAAACCCUAAUUGUUGUUUUUAAAUGUCAUUGCACUUUCAACAUAAGCAUAUUUUGGGUGAAGAAUUAUCAACCUGAAUCAUAAAUGGGGAACGAGGACGGAGGUGACAAAACAAGGAGAGUGGUUUUUGUGACUGUAGGAACAACUUCUUUUGAUGCUCUUGUAAGAGCUAUGGAUUCAGAACAUGUUAAGAAAGAAUUGCUUGCAAAAGGUUAUACCAAUCUUCUCAUCCAAAUGGGACGUGGAUCCUUUCUUCCUACCAAGUCUGAAAGAGAAGGUUCAUUGGCUGUAGACUACUUCACUUUUUCUUCCAGUAUUGCAGACCAUCUCAGAUCUGCUUCUCUUGUAAUUAGCCAUGCAGGGUCAGGCAGCAUAUUUGAGACACUGCGGCUACGCAAACAGUUAAUUGUGGUUGUAAACGAAGAUUUAAUGGAUAAUCAUCAAAGUGAGCUUGCAGAUGAACUUGCCAACAGAAAACAUUUGUAUUGUGCUAGUCCUCAUACACUCCAUCAAACUAUAUCAGAUAUGGAUUUAAAUUCUCUCCUUCCUUAUACGCCAGGUGAUGCUACACCAGUGGCUAAUCAUAUAAACAGAUUCCUUGGUUUUCCUGAUGAUUGAUCUUAAGGCUUUCCUUAUCUUAUGGCCAAUCAUACAAUUUUUAGUAUAUUUGGUAAAAAAUUAAUUUGAUGAGUAUGAAUCCAAUUUGGUAUUACAAAGAUUAUCCUCACUUGUAGGAUUGAAAAUAAGUUAGUCGAACAUGUUUCAGUUUGAUUUGACUCGAUAAAAUUUAGAUUGUCCUGAAAUUUGACUAUAUUACAGUAUUCAAUUUAGUGUUUGAAGUGUUGUUAAUCAACUUGUGGGUUAUUAUCA